GAGGAUGCAGGUCUGCGAUGAUGACAGUAUUAACCUUCCCGCUUAACUGCCAGAGCUACACUGUCAGAGGAGCCAGUAUCCAUGGGAGUUAAUGCUGUCCCAGGGCCAGAUGAGUUUGACACCUCUAGAGUGUCCCAUUUGAUCAUUGCUCUUUCACCGUGUGAUGUUACUUGCAGCGUGCUUGGGAGUUAUUGGAUACUGACACACUUCCUUUGUGGAAACAGAAUUACACAGCCUUUAAGCAGAUAAUAAAGGUUCACUUCAAUUUGAAGACAAAUGGGAUUCCAUGCGCCCCAUUGUUCUGAAGCUUUUGCGCCAGGAAUCUGUCACCAAACAGCAGUGGUUUGAUCUAUUUUCGGAUGUGCAUGCAGUUUGCUUGUGGGAUGAUAAGGGUCCAGCAAAAAUCCAUCAGGCUUUGAAAGAAGACAUCCUUGACUUCAUUAAACAGGCACAGGCAAGAGUGCUGAGUCAUCAAGAUGAUACAGCUUUACUAAAAGCAUACAUAGUAGAGUGGCGCAAAUUCUUUACACAAUGUGAUAUCUUGCCUAAACCAUUUUGUCAGUUAGAAAUUACUUUAAUGGGUAAGCAGGGCAGCAACAAGAAAUCCAAUGUAGAAGACAGUAUUGUUCGAAAGCUCAUGCUAGAUACAUGGAAUGAGUCCAUAUUCUCAAAUAUAAAGAAUAGGCUUCAGGACAGUGCAAUGAAGUUGGUCCAUGCUGAAAGACUAGGCGAAGCUUUUGACUCUCAACUGGUUAUUGGAGUUAGAGAAUCAUACGUUAACCUUUGUUCUAAUCCUGAAGAUAAACUUCAGAUUUACCGGGAUAACUUUGAGAAAGCAUAUUUGGAUUCAACAGAGAGAUUUUAUAGAACACAAGCUCCUUCUUAUUUGCAGCAAAAUGGUGUACAGAAUUAUAUGAAAUAUGCAGAUGCUAAACUAAAAGAAGAAGAGAAAAGAGCACUAAGAUACCUGGAAACAAGGCGUGAGUGUAACUCUGUAGAAGCGCUUAUGGAGUGCUGUGUGAAUGCCCUGGUGACAUCUUUUAAAGAGACAAUUUUAGCAGAAUGUCAAGGCAUGAUCAAACGAAAUGAAACGGAAAAGUUGCAUUUAAUGUUUUCGCUGAUGGAUAAAGUUCCUAAUGGAAUAGACCCUAUGUUAAAAGAUCUGGAAGAGCAUAUUGUUAGUGCUGGACUAGCAGAUAUGGUAGCAGCUGCUGAAACUAUUACUACUGAUUCUGAGAAAUAUGUAGAGCAAUUGCUUACAUUAUUUAAUCGAUUUAGUAAGUUGGUUAAAGAAGCUUUUCAAGAUGACCCAAGAUUUCUUACUGCAAGAGAUAAGGCAUAUAAGGCAGUUGUGAAUGAUGCUACAAUAUUUAAACUUGAAUUGCCAUUGAAGCAGAAAGGGGUUGGAUUGAAAACACAGCCUGAGUCCAAAUGCCCUGAGCUGCUUGCUAAUUACUGUGAUAUGUUGCUAAGAAAAACACCACUAAGCAAAAAACUAACCUCUGAAGAAAUUGAAGCAAAGCUUAAAGAAGUGCUUUUGGUACUUAAAUAUGUACAGAAUAAAGAUGUUUUUAUGCGAUACCACAAAGCUCACUUAACAAGACGUCUAAUAUUGGAUAUAUCGGCUGAUAGCGAAAUUGAAGAGAACAUGGUGGAAUGGUUGAGAGAAGUGGGUAUGCCAGCAGACUAUGUAAACAAAUUGGCUAGGAUGUUCCAGGAUAUUAAAGUAUCGGAAGACUUGAACCAGGCCUUCAAAGAGAUGCACAAAAAUAAUAAAUUAGCCCUACCAGCUGAUUCUGUGAAUAUUAAAAUUUUAAAUGCUGGUGCCUGGUCUCGAAGUUCUGAAAAAGUGUUUGUGUCGCUGCCUACGGAAUUGGAAGAUCUUAUCCCCGAGGUAGAAGAGUUCUACAAAAAGAAUCAUAGUGGCAGAAAACUGCACUGGCACCAUCUCAUGUCCAAUGGAAUUAUAACGUUUAAGAAUGAGGUUGGCCAGUAUGACUUGGAGGUAACGACAUUUCAGCUGGCUGUGCUUUUUGCAUGGAACCAAAGACCCCGUGAGAAGAUCAGCUUUGAAAACCUUAAACUGGCAACUGAGCUCCCUGAUGCAGAACUUAGGAGGACUUUAUGGUCUCUUGUAGCAUUUCCAAAGCUGAAACGUCAGGUUUUAUUGUAUGAACCUCAAGUCAAUUCACCCAAAGACUUUACAGAAGGAACCCUCUUCUCAGUCAACCAGGAAUUCAGUUUAAUAAAAAAUGCUAAAGUUCAGAAAAGGGGUAAGAUAAACUUGAUUGGUCGAUUGCAACUCACUACAGAGAGAAUGCGAGAAGAGGAAAAUGAAGGAAUAGUCCAGCUAAGAAUAUUACGAACCCAGGAGGCUAUUAUCCAAAUAAUGAAAAUGAGGAAGAAAAUUACUAAUGCUCAGCUUCAGACUGAACUGGUAGAAAUAUUGAAAAAUAUGUUCUUGCCACAAAAGAAAAUGAUAAAAGAGCAAAUUGAAUGGCUUAUAGAGCACAAAUAUAUCAGAAGAGAUGAAUCGGAUAUCAACACCUUCAUCUAUAUGGCAUAAUUUGAAGACUGUAAGAUGCCGAGAACAGAUGCAGAAGGGUGCUUCGGCAGACAGCUGCAACAGUUUGUGCUGCAGAAGGACUCAUUUUGACUUUCAUUACAUAUUAAAAUCCCUGCCUUGCCUUACAAGAUGACUAUGUUUUGUCAAUCUCAUUCAGCUAGCAUGAUGGCAUUCCCUUCAUGUUGCACACUUUUAACAGCAUGCUGUUUUUGUGGGGAAACUUGCAUUCAUGAAGAGCCCAUUGUGAGCUUUUUAAAGUAGAUUUGAUUUACACCCACCAGGAAGAGUACAGGUUUGGGUUUUUAGAUGAACAGUACUUGCACAAGGAAGUUACUCAAAUAUUCAUGCACUGAGGAACUGCUAUUAGUUUUGUUUUUAAAAAAAAAUGCAAUUAGGACUAGAAGUAGCACUUUCACUUUGUUUUUGGAUCAACAGAGUAACAUGCUGUCCACCUUUUGGUCCUUUUUAUGUAUAACAUGAGAGACGUACACAGAUGCAUCACAGCUGAUGACAUGUAUUUGUUACAAUAACAACCUGUUGGCUCAAGCAGUGCUUCAAUAUAGUAACUGGAUUUUUAAUAUUGACACACAAGUGAUGUAAACAUAUUUCCAACUUGUGGAUGUCUUUUUUUUCCUUAAGCAGGAGAUCACUGUUUUAUAUUGUUUGCUGUAAACAUAUGGAUAUACAUUAUUUGUUAUCUUGCCUGGACAGAUGGUUUAUUACAAUCCGUUUUGAAGAGGUGAAGCUUCCUUAGUAGUGAUUCACCUUAAAAAAACAUGUUUCAUGGCUGGGUCUGUUUAUGGUGAACAGAAAUAUUAAGUGUAUUCCAUUGUACAUUUAAUAUUUUUCAGAUGUUUAAGUAUGACUACAUAAUCUGAAUGCAUUAAAAAAAUUGAUGAACAACUUCCCCAAAUGAGCAAAUAACACUCUUAAAGAUCCCUGUGUUAAAUUUUUCACUGGUAUACAUGUAUAAUAGAAUCACAUGUGGGUAUUCUGGUGCUUUCACUGUUGAAAAGUCAAAUCUCUUUUAAAAAAAAAAAAAAAGCAAGUAAGCUGCCUUGUAGUCAACAGGAGUUGAAAAUGACCCCUGAAGGAAACCUACAAAGGCUUCAUGGAGUUUCUGGUUUGCAGUUUUUAUGUAGAAAGGUUGUAUCAAAAUACCUGUUGUGUAUUUGGCAUUUCAAAUGGUACCUCUUUGUCCUUUUUCAACCAUCUUAAGUAACCAGUUGGCAGUAAUUUACCAGCCAGUGUUCUGAAAUGUCCCAGCAUGUUCUGGCAUCAUGACAUCAAUACCAUUGGUACAGGGAGUCUGCCUUUUGGGGUUAAAAAAGAAAAAAGGUAAGUCAUCAUCUUUUACUCAGUGUGAUUUGAAAACUCUUGUUUUUUUUAUGCGCCACGAGGCAGGCUUGCAAAAUUAUCCUGAAAAUGCUACUAGCCUAGGUACAGUCUAUUUUAUCUUUCAUGGUAAAUAAAAUGGCAAGAGGAUGUUCAGUUGUUACAAGAAUUGAAAACUUGUCUUGAGUGGGGAUCUGAAUUUUUGCAUGGUUUCUGCAAUGGGUAAAAUAAGUGUUUUAAAAAAAUCUUCUCUAGAUGGAUAUUUCCUCCCCUUGAAGCAGCUACAUGUUCCAGCACUAAAGUAUGGGCCGAUGUGAGUUCCUUGGAAUGUUGCGUUUUUGAAUGAUUUUCUGAAGAAAUCUUCAGUUCUGAGAUCAGCAUCAUGAACAAGCAAGAGGGAGAAAAAAUGGGACACUGAAAUCUUGUAGCUUGCAUUUCUUUAUUGAUCUUCAUAAAUAGAUAAUAUUAGCAAAUACAUUUUACCCUUUUUAUGUUAGCACUGAAAGAUCAGAUUCUUAUCCCUGCAAUGUUUCAGAAUCAAAAGUUAAUGGUGCUUUCUAGUUUCGUAGUAACACACCUUCCACUAUUUUCAGUUAAAAAGGUUAUUUUUAAUAAUGGAGACCUUUCUGUACAUGCUGCAAUAUCUUCAGCAUUUGUGACUUGAUUUUAAAAUAUAGCUAAUUAAAUGCUCAUUUAGGAAUACUAGGAAAGGGAUGGCAAAGCCAUAAUCUUAAAAUAUUUUAAUGAUGCACUGAGCAUUUGCGGUUUCCAGUGUUUGACGAGAGAAAAAUAGCCAUGAUACACUGUCACAUGCAAACAAACUCAAUAUGAAACUAGGUAGUCUUGAUUCCUAAGCCCUUACCUAAGUUUAGGGAAGAAAUUUGAGACUGACUUUCAUAAACUUAUGUACCAAUUGUUUGUUGUACAAUUAAGACAGCAAUAGACUCUUACAUGCUAGCUAUCUGCAUACCUCCCCACACACCUUGACUCGCUUCUUUUUUUUCUUUUUUUUUAAUUACAACUUGCAAAUUAUUUAAACAUUCUUCAGUUUGGGCAGGGGAAUUUAUAAUUGAUAAUGUACCUAUGGCAUUGUUCAAUUUUCUUUAAGUAUAUAUAGGAAACAUAUUAUGUGUUUAAAAAAAAUGGAAUCUGAAAAUCACACCAGCAAUUUGCUAAAGAUGCAGAAUCAUAUUUAGCAUCCUUCAUCAGGUCACUUUCACCAAAAUGCACUUAAAGCUAGCGUUACCUGGGCAUGGGGAGAUAUGCAGGGUGAAGUGUCUCAAGGGAGGGGAAUGUUCAGAUCAAAAUAAAAAUGAGAUGUUUUUCACUUGCAAUAUGGCAACGAUGCACUUUUUUAAAGUUGAAUUUUUAGCUAUGAAUAAAUAUCUCCAAAGAGCUAGCUUAACAGGUGCUGCAUCUGAAAAAAACAUGUUGCCCUACACUGCCAUGAGAAUAGGUAUGGAACUAACAUAUAGAAGUGAAAAUACAGAAAGUGAUUUAUCUUGCUCUGUAGAAGUUUCAUUGAGUUAAGAAAUAUUGGUAAAUCCUUCUUUGUCCCAACAACUGGAUAAGGUUUCAAUUCUGAAGUCUUCCAUUUUUCCCUUUCUACUGUUGGUGUCCCUGGUAUUUACUUACUUAUCUAAAUCUCUUGCAUUUAUGUUUGAGCAUAGUUACAUUUCCAAAACAAAUGGUGGCUUUCUUUUCACCUUUUUUCUUAAAUUUAGUAUAAAAUGUUUUGAAUACUCAACAUUUUACAUUUAUUUGCAUUGGGAUGCCAUUGUCCUGUAAGGUGCAAAUUAAAAAAAAAAAAAAUUAGGAAAAAAGAUUUGAUAGUUUUACAGAAAGCUUUGCUAUCUUAAACUCAAUCUGUUUUUCUGUUUUCAUCUAAAUGACUGGGAUGCUAUCUUUGUAAAUUCUUUGAGGUCAUAUUUGUGAAAUAAACAAUACAUGAAAGCUUCCCCGUCAUACACUAUAUGUAGUCUGGAGUGCUGACCAACUUGAGUUCCUGAAUUGUAAUAACUAUCUACAUAUGGUAUUUACAAUUUUGAAUGUGUGCCACUACAUACCAAGAUGAUAAUGCUGUACAAUUUUGAAUAGUAGCAGUUUCUGUAUGGCAGUCCAGCUGAACUAUUUUGAUGUACUGCUUAAUUUUUGAAUUUUAUUUUUUAAGUUGUAUAAUUUAUUUUCUUGCAAAAUAAAAAUGUAAUAUAAAAGACUA